GUUACAUGGCUUAAUACCUACCUAACCUACUUUACUUAUGCAUUAAACGUAUGCAGGAGCCCCGCCAACGUCAUCGCACCGGACGCGGGACAUGACAUGCCACUUGAACUCCACUCCUACGGUACAAUCAAUCGCCGUGACAGGCAUCCAUAUUAGACAGCCACAGACAACCAGACAAACCCAAUUCUUACUGCUUGAGGGACGUAUACCGUGCUGCACACCGUCCUCCACUCGAAGAACAGAUAACCGUCCUCGACUAGAGAAACAAGAUAAACACCCUCGUCAUCUGCCCCCCUUCCCCCCCCCUCCGAAACCACCAGACCGACCCCGAAGAUGAACCGCCUCUUCGGCAGCGGCAACAAGGCGCCCAAGCCGACGCUUAACAGCGCCAUCUCCAACAUCGACGGCGGCAUCGCCAAGCUCGACGUCCAGAUCGCCCGGGUCAACACGGAGCUGCGCGAGCUCACGACCAAGAUGAACCGGAUGCCGCCCUCGGGCAAGGCCUUCGCCAAGAAGCGGGCGCGGGACCUGCUGACCCAGCGGCGCAAGUACGAGCAGCAGCGCGACCAGCAGCAGCAGCAGGUCUGGAACAUGGAGCAGACCCAGAUGAUGCAGGACAACCUCAAGGGCGUCAUGGCCUCGGUCGACGCCAUGAAGACCACGAGCAAGGAGCUCAAGAAGCAGUACGGCAAGGUCGACAUUGACAAGAUCGACAAGCUCAACGACGAGCUGGCCGACCUCAUGGACAUCGGCAACGAGAUACAGGAGUCCCUGUCCAGGGCUUACGACGUACCGGAUGACAUCGACGAGGAGGAGCUCGAUGCCGAGCUUGAGAUGCUGGGCGCCGAGAUGGAGAUGGAGGCCCAGCAGAGCGUAGGCGCCGGCGAGAUACCAGAUUUCAUGAGGGACGAGGUCCCCGACUUCGUCGACGAGCCCGUGGGAGCGGGCAAGGUACAAGAAGCUGCAAGGUGAUGUUAGCCUUGAACUGACGUCUCGACCACAUUUGGCAUCGGGUCGAGGGAUGGAGAUUAUGGCGUUUCAAGGAGUUCAGGGUGACAUAGCAUGAUACACAUCCUUUAUGGUGACAUAGCUUCGCUGUCGUUGGAAACCACGAGCAAAAGCAUGUCCUAGGGCUACAUAAGAACCCCGAAAUACAAGCUCAACACGGGCGAUUCUAGUAAGCACCCGUGAUGAUAUAAAUCACACUCAAAACUUUGCCCGCAUGGUCGUCGGGAGAACAUAAAUUCGAUGCCUGCGGGCGUAGAUGUCACUAAUUUGCAGCAUACUGGUAACACAAAGAGCCGCGGGUGUGUUUUGGGAUCA